GGUUAAGCCAACCCCAUUGUUCAAACAACUGAGCCUCUUCGAGGAACGUUUAUUGCAUAAUCACUACCCACGGAAGAACGGAGCCUCGAAGGAGCAGUUCAGGAUGUCAGCGUCCUAAGUGGCUUCAUUCCUUUUAGAAAGUGGCUGAUAAAAUAUGACACUGUAGCACUUAGCAAUCUGCUUGAAGGAGGAAGAGAAUCACACUCCGAUCUCUGAUAAGUGCAAAUUAAGUCCUUGGCGAGGUCUCCACCACAGCGGCAGCCGCUCCUGUUUCAGUUGCAGCUCUCUCCCUUUGAGCUCUUCCCAACAGGUCCCGGAGGGAGUUCGCCCGCCAUGGCUCUACUCAUUGAGGCAGCCCGACUCUUGGGAGCCAAGAAUCCAUCCUGUCUGAUCUUUGCUGCCCGGCACUCCAGUGCUUCUUCCACGAAUUUGAAAGACGUACUGAGCAGUCUGAUACCUAAGGAGCAAGCCAGAAUUAAGACCUUCAGAGAGCAACAUGGGAAGACAGUGAUGGGCCAAAUCACUGUGGACAUGAUGUCCGGUGGCAUGAGAGGCAUGAAGAGACUUGUGUAUGAGACAUCGGUUCUUGAUCCUGAUGAGGGCAUCCGUUUAUGAGGCCAUAGUGUCCCUGAAUGCCAGAAACUGCUGCCUAAGGCUAAGGGUGGGGAGGAACCCUUGCCUGAGGGCUUAUUUUGGCUGCUGGUAACUGGACAGAUGCCCACAGAGGAACAGGUAUCCUGGCUCUCACAAGAAUGGGCCAAAAGGGCAGUUCUGCCUUCUCUUGUGGUCACCAUGUUGGACAAUUUUCCAACCAAUCUACACCCCAUGUCUCAGCUCAGUGCAGCCAUCACAGCCCUCAACAAUGAAAGCUACUUUGCCCGGGCAUAUGCAGAGGGAAUGAGCCAAACCAAGUACUGGGAACUCAUCUAUGAAGACUGCAUGGACCUGAUUGCCAAGUUACCGUGUGUUGCAACAAAGAUCUACCGGAAUCUGUACCGGGAGGACACCAGUAUUGAAGCCAUUGUCCCUAAACUGGACUGGUCCCAUAAUUUUACCAACAUGUUAGGCUUCAUGGACCCUCAAUUCACUGAGCUCAUGCAUUUGUAUCUCACCAUCCACAGUGACCACGAGGGUGGUAACGUAAGUGCCCACACAAGCCAUUUGGUGGGCAGUGCCCUUUCAGACCCUUACCUGUCCUUAGCAGCAGCCAUGAGUGGGCUGGCCUGACCGCUCCAUGGACUAGCGAAUCAGGAGGUGCUUGUCUGGCUGACCAAGCUACAGAAGGAAGUUGGCAAAGAUGUGUCAGAUGAGAAGUUACGUGACUACAUCUGGAACACACUCAACUCAGUGCAGGUUGUCCCAGGAUAUGGUCAUUCUGUACUAAGGAAGACUGAUCCACGAUAUUCCUGUCAGCGAGAGUUUGCUCUGAAACACCUGCCUAAGGAUCCCAUGUUUAAGCUGGUUGUUCAGCUGUACAAGAUUGUGCCCAGUAUCCUCUUAGAGCAAGGAAAGGCUAAGAACCCCUGGCCCAACGUAGAUGCUCACAGUGGAGUGCUGCUUCAGCACUACGGCAUGACGGAGAUGAAUUACUACACAGUCCUGUUUGGAGUGUCGAGGGCACUGGGUGUGCUAGCCCAGCUCAUCUGGAGCAGAGCCCUAGGCUUCCCUCUAGAAAACCCCAAGUCCAUGAGCACAGAUGGUCUGAUAAAGUUUGUGGACUCUAAGUCAGGGUAAAAUGGGAGAUUGGGGAGGAGGGGGCUGGGAAACUGACUAUAAGAAAAUGAGGAAGUUUAAAAAUAAAGUAUAAUUUUGUUUUGUUUC